AUGACUCUUCAUGAAAACUUAAAAAGAGGUAAAGAAACUACCAGACCAAAUGCAGGUAGACCAACCGUUAUACGCCUAGAAGAUGAGAGAAAAUUAGCAGAAACUGUCAGAAUUAUGGAAAAAUGGGGAUAUGGUCUGUCUAGGUUUGAAAUUAUGGAGCUUGUCGCUGAAUAUGUGCGGGUGAACAAGAUUCAAACACCAUUUAAAAAUAAUGUCCCAGGCACAGACUGGUUCAUUAAUUUCCGGAAACGACAUAGAUUAUCAAUUAAAAAAGCACAGCCUGUAGAAUUUGUAAGAAGAAAAAUGACAGAUCCAUUCGUCAUUGGUGAAUAUUUCAAUUUGCUCGAAAAUACUUUAAAAGAUUUGGAUCUUUUUGAAAGUCUCCAACUCAUUUGGAACUUAGUGAAACGUCAUUAUGCCUGGAUCCAUCCAGAACUAAAGUAUGUGGACAAAUAA